AUGAGUGUUACCAUGCCUGAUGAUGAUGAUGAAACUGAGGACGAAGUCAACAACAAAUGGAUGAUUGGCCGUUCAGAUGAUCGACGUCCCAAGGAUCACAUGGAAUACGUAUGGAAUACUAAGCACCCGAAAAACAGUCACUGUAGUAAUAAUGGUAGCUACAAGAAAUUGUGGCAUGCCUCCAGUCACUGUGAAAGUGUCACAUUCAUAAUGCCCGAAUGCGACUGUUUUGAUUCAAACGCCGAAGAGGACGAUGACGAGUGCAGCAGUUCUAAACGACGACGGUGUCGUACCAAUUUUAAUGCUUGGCAGCUUGAUGAGUUGGAAAGAACUUUUUUGACAAGUCACUAUCCAGAUGUUCUUCUAAGGGAAACGCUUGCCUUGAGAUUGAACUUAAAAGAGAGUCGGAUAUCAGUUUGGUUCCAAAAUCGUCGAGCCAAGUGGCGGAAAAAAGAAAAUACCAAAAAGGGACCGGGAAGGCCAGCCCAUAAUGCUCAUCCUCCUACAUGCUCCGGCGAGCCAAUACCUCUGAACGAAUUAAAGGCUAAACAAAGGGCCCAAAAACGCAAAAAGAUGGAAAAAGCAAUAGAACGUCAAGCUAGAAAAUUACGUCUCAAAGGUAUUGAGGUGGAUAUAAAUAAGCUAAGAGCCGAUUAUAUUGCACAGAGACGAUCCAAUGGCACCUUAUCCGAUUCUGAUCUGGAUAUUGGAAACAAUUUUGAAGAUGAAGAUGAUUAUCAAAUUGACGUUGUCGGCAGCGAAGAUAUGGAAACUCGAUCAGAUUUUCAAAAUUCUAUAUGUUCGACAAACGAAUUGAUCAAUGAUAAUGAAAAUAUUACAUCAGAUGCAGAGCCAGAACAUUUAACAGAUAACGAUACUGUAGAUAUAAAAUAUAUUCCACCUACCAGCGAAGAUAAGGAUUUGAAAGCGAAUAGCAGACAAUUUUCCACCGGCACUAUCAAAGUCAAAAAUAAAUUCCAAAUUAAUGAAACGAAAAAGGAUACAAAACCGUUUAUACCAUUCAGCAUUGAAUCGCUACUUAAUGCCCAAUCAUGA